AUGAGUUUUUUGGCCAACCGACAAGAGGAAAUCAUCCAGUCAAUUAUCGAUAUCGGUUCCACCACUAUUGAUUUCUGGGGUAAUUGGGUUGUGCACCCAAUCCGAAAACUCAUUGGGACAAUCAGGCAUGACGAAAAGAGUGAAAUUGCGAUCAUGAGUAAGAAUAGCCUGCUGGCUGAUCGGGCAAGUCUAGAGAGAAUGGUAGUGGACUUUGUUCUCGAUCGCCCGGACCUUCACCAGGGUAUAGUGGCGGAUACCACCGCCAUCGUCAACUCUGUCAAGGAGGGUGAUUUAACUCCCGUUCUCAAAGCAUAUGAAAGGGACCUGCGGUCGCCAUUUGUUGGGACCUUUAGAGGCGAUCUCAUCCGUGCCCUCUUGAUCCAGAUCCAGAAGACGAAGGUCGACGUGGAAAUUGCCAUCAGCGGUAUCGAUGCUUUGCUGAAGAGCCAGGAGCUUGUAUUCGGGUUUGUUGGGUUGACUCCUGGGAUCUUGGUUUCCUUUGCAACUAUGAGGUGGCUAGGUGGUCUUCUCGGCAGCCGACGAGGAUUGCGAAAGGGCCAGCAGCAACAAAAAUUGAGACGUGGAUUACGGAAUAUGGCUCGCAUUUUGACCUCUUCUGCAGCUUUUUCCAACCGGACUAUCGCUUACAAGGACUCUGGGCAAUUGAUCUGUGAGGCAGAGGCUCUCCUCCAACAUAUGAAGAUAAUUUCUGGAAGCAUGCAGUACGAAGAAUUCCGAGAAGACAUCCAAGAUCUCCUGAAUGUUCAAAAUGGAGUGGACAAGCAACUUCGCGUGAUCGAAAGAAUGAGAUGGGCGUAUUUUCAAUAG